UUGGUCAAUGGUGUGAUGAAUCAGUGGGAUUUAUUCCUGCCGUUUGCACAGUAUUGUAUCAACUGCAACAUCGUGCGACGUCACCAAUCGGCACCUUUUGCAGUCAUGUUUGGACGAGCACCGAAUAGCUGGGAAGAUCACUCUGAAGCCGUAGCAGCACCCGCAAGCGCCAGAAGACAGCAACAACGGGCGGAUUUCAUGAAGAACGUUCUAUUCCCUGCGAUCGAGAAUGCCACGAAGAAGGUAGCUGAGGCAUACGUACAGCAACAUGCCAAAACGCAUAAGAUCAUGUACAUACCGGUGGGCACCUAUGUGAUGACGAUCCAGCACAACAGAGCCAGCAAAUUAGAUCCGGCAAACGAAGGUCCCUACCUGGUGACAGCAAUCACUCGAGGCGGAAGCUACGUGCUCAAAGAUAUGGAGGGACAACAGCUGGCUCGGAACUACACCGUAUCGGAACUCCACCCCAUCUCAGACGAACCCCUGUUUGAAGAGGCAUCUCUAGAAGUGGACAAGAUUCUCGGCCACCGAGUCAACAAGACCGGUGACCACGAGUACCGAGUGCGAUGGAAAAGCAGCUCAGAAGCCGACUCGUGGGAGCCGUUUGAGAACUUCGAUAGCCCCAGGCUCAUUCGGGAGUACUGGCAGAAACUGGAUGAGAGACAGCAGGCCAAGAGUGCACCAAAACGG